AAUCUGAGUGCCCACAGUGAGCUUUCUGCCAGCAGCGACAGCCUGUCUAAAAACAAGGACCAGCAGUCCCUGCAUGGUGACUUACCCAACUCCAAUGAUGAUCUGACUGUAGCCCAGUCAAAGCAGAAAAAAGGAGGCCUGGCUAAAAUUUUAAAAAGAUCCGGCAGCAUUGACAACCUUUUGGAUGAGGGGGAAAAACAUUUCAGUGAGAUGUUCAAGAGAGCUCCAAAACCAGCAGAUGAGGAAACAAACGCAGAUGAAGAACAGAAAUUAUCAACCAGCGAUGAAAACCUGUCAGAAGCAAACACAGCAACGGAAAAAACAGGAGGAUUGGCAGGAUUCUUCAAAAAGUCUCCCAAACCAGCUCCACGCUCUGUCGCUACUCAGGAUCCCCUCUCGAGGCAGCUGUCAGCCAGCUGUGACAGCCUCACAGAUGCAGGAAAGGAGGCGGCUUUGGCAAACAGUCAGCUGUCUGCCAGUAAUGACAAUCUUUUAGAAGCUUCAAGCACCCCAAAGGAGAAAAAAGUCGUGUUCUCCGGGAUCACUGGGAUGUUCAGAAGGACGCCAAAAACUGAGGAGCAACAGGAAGAUGAGGACAUGGAGGCUCCAGCAGGAGGCGGGCUGAGACACAAGAGGACCAUCAAAAAGAAAAGACGAGUUGUGUCAUUCCGAGUUAAGAAAACUCUUCCUAACAUUCCCAAACUUGGCCUGGCUUCUCAGACUUCAGAUGAAAUGCCUUGCAUUGAGGAGACUCUCGAGUUGCAGGAGAUGAGCCCAGCACAGGAGAGCACAGUGGAGGUUCAGCCGGUGGAGAUGGCUGCUUAUCCGACUGAGGAAAACCCAGUCGAACCUGAGCCGGAAGAGGAUGAGCUUUUGGAGUGGUGGAACACAGUCAAAGGUUGGAAGGAGUGGAAUGAGACUUCUGAUUUCCGGGCAGAGGAUGAGGAAAUGGCGAUGGAGCAGGCAGCCGACCGCGUCUACAUGGCAGCCCGUCUUUUUGUGCGUCUUUUCAACCAGCGCGGGGCGUCCUUACAGCAUCGCAUCCUGGAGCUUUUGGCUAUGGCGGAUGCUGCGGAUGAGUUUCAUAAGAAGACUGUGUCGGCCGCUGUGGGCGGAGGCGUGGCCAGCGUCGCGGGUAGCGUCACCACAAUCACAGGCCUCAUUCUGGCGCCUUUCACUUUUGGCGCCUCUAUUAUUGUGACAGCAGUGGGGAUCGGUGUGGCGACGGCAGGCAGCAUCACGUCAGCGACGGCUAAAAUCACAGAUACGGUCCACUCCAACAUGGACCGUAAGAAGAUGGAGAAAAUGAUCCAGGGCUACCAGGAGGAGAUCAAAGUCCUCAGAGAGUGCAUGGAGUUUGUGCAGAAAGGUCUUGACACCCUGCAGGAGUGGGAUUUUGAGAAAUACGCUCAAAGUGCUGCCAAAAAAGCUAUGAACCACAACAUUAAACACGUGAUGAAAGAGGGAGGCCGCGCGGGAAAAGCCCUGAUGAUCAACACCAACCAGCUCGUCAGCACCGUGCAGGUUUUAGGUAGGGCAGGCGGCAUAGCCAAGGCCGCUCAGGCCAUCAGCGUCACCACAGGCGUCAUGUCGGCACUCUUUUUGGCUUUGGAUGUUUUCUUCCUCGCUAAAGACUCUCAUGAGCUUCGCAAGGGUGCCAAAACCAAAUUUGCCACCAAGAUCAGAGAGGUAUGUAAAGACCUUCAAGAUGGCCUCCUGGAGCUCAACAGGGUGAAGACGCAACUGCAGAAGACGAUGGACGGCAUUGAGGUGGAGGAGUUUGAGGAGGUUGAGGAGGUGGAAGUAGAGGUUGAGGACGACUUGGUGUCUGAUCCAAAGAAGCUGGCUGAGCUGGAGCAGGAGCUGGACCUCCUGGAGGAGAAAGUGGACAAGAAGGUUGUAGAGGUUGAAAAGAAGGGUAAAGAAAUGGAGAAGGAAAAUUCAAAAAUUAAAAAGGUGAAGAAAGAGGAGAAGAGCAUA